CCCGGUCCCACUCCAGGCUACGAGGGCUGUGGGUGAUACAACCACGGGGUCCCGCUUCUGACGUGCUCAGCUUCUGGCAGUUGUCCUGCUGGAGGGUCCUGCUCUUGAUUGGCCUGGUCUUUGCAUGUACAGUUCAGCCAAUUUGAAUGGAGUAGCUUCUGGGUUGCUCUGACCACGAGCAUCCCUGGAAGGAUCUGGGAGGCGGUCGAUAUGUCCACUGCAUUCAUGAGCAUCCCUUGGACCAGGGCUGGGCCGCCUUCAUCUCCAGAGGGCCCAGGGGGGCAUCUGUAAGGGACAGGGGGGCUAUGUCUCCUUCUCUCCUUGGAGGACUCUGCAGUAGGGGAGAAACAAUGGUCCACUGGAACUUGACCUGGAAACAGAGCCCCAGCACCGACAGCAACCAGCCCAUGGGACAUGGACACACUGGGGCAGCUGGAGUGCUUGUUCCAGUACCUGCGGGGACGGCGUCUCCUUCCGGAUCCGGAGGUGUAUCAGCUGACUCAAACCCGAGGCGAGCGGAGGACUUAUCUGAUUCCGAUGAAGUCCAGCGACGCCAACCGGUUCCUCCUGAAGGCAACAGGAACGACUCAGCCAAUAAUCCAGGGCCGGACGGCCUAGAGGAGGAGCUGGGAGGAACAAACAGUCCCUCCGACCAGCUCGACUCUCUCCCAGAGAAUGAACUGCGCAGGCUUCCUGGAGAAGAGCCCUGCCGAGCAGAGGCCAGGCAGUAUCGUGUCUGUGAGCGGAAAGCCUGCCCAGCUGGCAUUGUCCCCUUCAGGGCUAUGCAGUGCACUCUCUACAACAGCAGGCCCAUCCUAGGGGGGCAGGCCCAGUACCAGUGGGUCCCCUUCCAUGGAGCUGCCAACCUCUGUGACCUUAACUGUCUGGCGAUGGGGCACAAUUUUUACUACAGCUUUGGUCGAGUCCUGGAUGGAACCCCCUGCAGCCCAGCAUCGCCGGAACUCUGCAUCAGCGGCCGCUGCUUGAGAGCUGGCUGUGAUGGAGUCCUGGGCUCCGAGGCACAGGCCGAUGCCUGUGGUGUCUGUGGGGGCAAGAACGAGUCCUGCGUCUUCAUCCAGGAAGCCUUCCGGGUGGCGGUUCCCGCCUCUGGUUUCUUUGGAUACAGGAACGUGACCCAGAUCCCGGUCGGAGCCAGACAGAUCAGGGUGAUUGACAACAGCCGCAACUAUCUCGCCCUGAUGGAAGCAAACCAGCAUUAUGUCCUCAACGGGGAGUGGGCCGUGGAUCAGCCAGGCGUAUUUGAGGCAGCAGGCACCCAGUGGCAUUAUACUCGCACGGCUAAUGGGCAUGAGACCCUUGAGGCAGCCGGAUCCACAAGCGGGGAUCUGUUUGUCAUGGUCCUUUUUCAGGAUGAGAAUAUCAGCAUAGACUACCAGUACUGGAGGCCAAGGAAGCAGAUCCUCCACCGUGCGCAGGGGGAGGCCCAUGCUUUGCGCCAGCCCCAGGCCAAGGAAGUAGAGGCCCAGCACCCAGGAGAGCCUGCAGACUUUCCUGAAGCUACAGCAGCAACACACCGUUUCACCAAGGCCCAGGAGGUGGCCAAGGAAGCAUCACAGGUCACUCCAGCACCCCUGAGGACUCCUUCAGCGCCAGGACCCUGUGGGAAGUGCGACCCGCCGAGAGGGAAAUCGCAACGCCUUCACCACUACUGCAACAGCGACUUCGAGCGGCGGCUACGCCCGGCCCUGGUCGCCCCGCGAAGACCUGCUGCUACGCGACGCUGCCCCGCGUUGCCAGCCCAGCCCUCCCGCCUGAGCGCCUCCACCCGCGGAAGGGAGCCGCAAGACCCCGCGACUGUUGAGCGCGCAACGGACGGCCAGUUCGCCCCCCCGGCAGGGGAACGCAGACGCCGGACUCGGCAGAUCCCGCCGCCGCCGCGCUCAUUCAAGCCGGCCGAAUCCGAGAGGCUCUCUCGGCCCGCAGGGACCGAGAAAAGGGGGUCUGCUGGAUCAGCCACGUGAUUGUCCCCCGGAAGAGCAGGCGCCCAGUGGCCUCCGCAGUUUGGCUCCCUUGGCCGAUGCUGCUCCCGGGUGGACUGGGCCGUCCCAUGAGUCAUCUUGCGCUGAUCCCUUCGGUCUGAAGGAGAGGCCUGGCGCUCCCACCCCGACUAGUGAUGGUAGUUUUUAUUUUUUAUUAAAUGAUAACAUUGAAAGAAACCCCA